AACAGCAACAAGUCUAAUACUUCUGGUGUCAAAUGCAUAAUCAAGGCUAUCAAAGGCUAUCACACCUAUCAGCAGCACAUAUGCGGGACAGAGAGGCGCGUUUCGACCCCUGCCGCUCCUGGUGACGAUUCGUUGUUGCAUACGCUUCUCGGUCAAAUGCUGAAAGACCCGGACUUGCUGCAGCAAAUUUAUUUCGCGAAAAUAUCAGUAAAGGAGGUGGUGGACGAAACGCAGAAAUAUUUUAACAGCAUUGAACAAUUUUCUCACCGAUACAUAGAAAACUGGCAUUCGCUUUUCGACGACGAAGUGACGAUAGUGCGCGGUGUUGAAGACAUCGAAGAAACCGUUCGAAGUCCGAGAUAUGGUUUGCGAGGUAGAAUCGACGUCACGUUGAACGUAGAAGAUGCAAAGUCAAAGGCGUUUAUCUUGCCGUUGGAAAUCAAAAGCGGGAAGUCGAUACCGUACGUGGAACAUCAAGGACAAGUAUGUGCAUUUCUCCGUUGA